GCCUCAGACCCCCAAAAAAAAAGAAAAAAUCGCAGUUGAUUUCUUCGCGGAAAUCAGUGAAAUGAACAGAGAAAUAGAAGAAAUCCAAGAAGAUUUAUUAGCAAAGGCAGCAAAAGCAGCUGAUGAGCUCUAUAACAUUCGGGACACCUACUUUCCUGCGGACCCAAAUGACAAAAUAUCCAAAUUGCAAGCUGAAUCAGAUCUUGUCCUGCAAACCCUCAAUUCCAUUCCUCCAGAAAACAGGAAAUUGCCAAUUCAACGUGCAAUGUACGAGUACUUGAAAGGGAAAGUAUUGGAUGUCUUCUCUGAUUAUAGGAAAGAUGCUGAGGAUCAUCUCUCAAAAGCAGUUAAGUUGAAUCCAUCUCUUGGAGAUGCAUGGUUGAGUUUAGGCAACUGUAUUUGGAAGAAGGGAGAUUUAUCUGCGGCUAAGAAUUGUUUUAUGCUUGCUUUAAGCAAGGGCCCCAACAAAAGGAUACUCUGUCAAUUAUCUAUGCUCGAAAGGAAAAUGGCUCAAGGUGCUGAAAAACAGGCAGAAAUUGUUGAAGAGAGCAUUAAACAUGCAAGGGAAGCUAUUGCUCUUGAUGUCAGGGAUGGAAAUUCCUGGUAUAACCUAGGGAAUGCAUGCCUAACCUCUUUUUUUGUUACCGGAGCAUGGGAUCACAGUAAACUUCUGCAGUCACUGAAAGCAUAUCAAAAUGCUGAGAGAGAUGAGACAAUGAAAUCCAGUCCAGACCUGUAUUUCAAUUGUGCUACUGUGAACAAAUAUUUAGAGAACUAUGAGAGAGCCCUUACUGGAUUUGAAGCGGCUGCCUUGAAGGAUCCUGGCUUAAAUGCCAUGGAGGAAGUUGAGAAGAUAGUUCAUCUUCUCGACAAAUUGGAGAGUUUGCUAAAGGGACAAACUAAGGCUAAGCGACUUGCUUCAUUGGCGUCAUCACUUUCCACUGUAAAUGUAAAUCCUUCAUAUAUUCAAGUCAGUGUGGAUCGUCUAGCAGAAGGUUUAAAUAAAGGGGUUGCCGUCGUGGGAAAGGUUCUAUACUUUGUUAAACACCAAAACGUGGCUCCAUUAUACUAUUUGCUGUGUGAUGCAAAUCAAAUAUGCUAUGUGUUAUCAGUCUAUGGGAUACGUGAUGAUGUGGUUAAAGAAGGAGACCAGAUCAUACUGCUGAGUCCCUAUUUCCAUAAUGUUGAUUUCUCUUGGAAUGGAAAGGUCUACCAGUUCAAAUCAGUACGUGUAGACUUCUUGGAGCAAAUGCUUGUUAAUGGAAAAGCUUUGUCUCAUAGCCAUGCAGUUCGAGCAUCGAUCUAUGCACAACAUAAGCCUUGAGAUUGCUUUUCAUUAUUGUUGUGGACGUUACAUGUGUGAUUUAUAGUGGAAGUCAAGAUAAUCCUGCCGCGAACGAAGUGUCUUUUGUAUAUAGAACUGCAGCACAGAGUAAAGAAAUUUGCGCAUGUAACAUCAUGAAUUCUUCUCUCUUGUAUCCGUUUUGAGUCCUUGAAUUUGUAACCAUGACAUGAACCAAAGGAAAGUGGUAAAGAGAGAACAUGAAGGAAGAAAGCGAGGCCAGUGGUUCAUGAUUGCAGGGUCUGUGCUGCGAUUAUUGAUGAUGAAUAUGUACAAAUUGCA